AUGGUAGAUCCUGAAACACAAUCAACACGUUUACAAUCAAUUGAAGAUUAUGGACAAAUACAUUUCACGCAGAAUGAUCGCAAAUCAUGGUAUAUACGUUAUCCAUUCAAUCCUCCUAAUGCUGUUCCAUCAACACCACAAAAAGAGACUCACCAGCAGAGAAAACUUACUGCUAUCGUAGAAGAACGAAAUCGCCGAUCAAGUUUCUCUGCGAUUCAUCAACUGCCCGCUAGCCAUGUUAUUAUUCCUAUGCAACCCGUAUUACACGAACCAGCUAAGCAUAUUAUUGAAUUGUUGCGUGAUAAAUGGGAAUUGCCCCCACCUGAAUUGAUAAUCUCAGUCACAGGCGGGGCUAGAAUCUUUAAUUUGACACAAAGAAGUCGUACUGCUCUUCAAAAGGAUGCUUGGGUAUUUACUGGAGGGACAUAUGCUGGUGUUAUGAAGGAUGUGGGUGAUGCAUUCGAAAAAUGGACAUACAAGACUAGUAGUAUGGAUAAAAGCCAUGCUCGAGUUCCCGUUAUUGGAAUUGCAAGCUGGUAUUAUACGACAAAUUAUAGACAACUCAUUCAACAACGACCUAUAAAAUUGAGCAGUGUAGGAAGUUCGACACCUACGUCGAUGUUUAGCACUGUAGCUGAUCGUGAGAAACUCUAUCGUAAUUGUGUACCACAAAAGGCGCCUGCAUCAUAUCCUCUCGAUCCGAAUCACACUCACUUUAUUCUGCUUGACGAUAAAUGUGGUGCAGAUGAUGGAAACUGGAGACAACAUGGAUUUCCUAUUCGAGCUGAUCUCACUAUUCAGUUGCGUGCUGAGAUUGAACAAGAAGCUCGUUGUAGCUCUCAUUAUAGACAAAAUUAUAAAAUUCCAAUUAUUCAAAUAUUGAUCGAAGGUGGUCCUUCAUCUCUUCUAACGGUGGUUGAAGCAGUAACGCAUGAAACACCCGUCAUUGUCAUUGAGGGUACGGGCAGAGCAGCUAAUUUUAUUGCGAAAGCAUAUAAUGCAUUAUAUCGCAAUCAAACAACAUAUGUUCCACCAACGAAUCAUAAUUCUGAUUUGUAA